CUGAGCCUCGCGAAAACCAAACUCAAUCGAUCAAUCACUCUCUCUCUCUCUCUCUCUCUGAUUACCAUUGCGCGUUCCUCUCCAAAACCCUACUGACCUCCCAGACUUCCGGCGGAUCCGGUCCCACGCCAUGGCUGAAGAACCAGCCGCGCCGUCGCCGUCCCAGUCGACGUCGUCCUCGGCGUCGCCGCUCGGCCACUCGGUGAUCCCCAUUGUCAACAAGCUCCAAGACAUCUUCGCGCAGCUCGGGAGCCAGUCAACCAUCGAGCUCCCCCAGGUCGCCGUCGUCGGGAGCCAGAGCAGUGGCAAAUCGAGCGUUCUCGAAGCUCUUGUCGGCCGUGAUUUUCUCCCCAGAGGCUCCGAAAUCUGCACCCGCCGGCCGCUCGUGCUCCAGCUCCUCCAGACCAAGCGCAAGCCCGAUGGGACGGAGGAGGAAUACGGGGAGUUCCUCCACCUGCCUGGGAAGCGGUUCCACGAUUUCUCCGAGAUCCGGAGGGAAAUUGAGGCUGAGACAGACAAGGAAGCAGGCGGUAACAAAGGGGUCAUAGACAAGCAGAUUCGAUUGAAGAUUUUUUCACCAAAUGUUCUUGAUAUUACAUUGGUUGAUUUGCCGGGUUUGACAAAGGUUCCAGUGGGCGAUCAACCCUCGGAUAUUGAGGCCCGAAUCCGAACAAUGAUCAUGUCAUACAUUAAAAUUCCAAGCUGCUUGAUAUUAGCAGUAUCACCAGCAAAUGCUGAUUUAGCCAAUUCAGAUGCUUUGCAGAUGGCAGGAAUGGCUGAUCCUGAUGGUCAUCGAACAAUAGGAGUAAUCACGAAGUUGGAUAUUAUGGAUAGAGGUACUGAUGCACGCAACCUGUUACUUGGGAAAGUGAUUCCUCUUCGUCUUGGAUAUGUUGGGGUUGUAAAUCGGAGUCAGGAGGACAUCAUCCUUAAUCGAAGUGUCAAGGAUGCUCUAGUGGCAGAGGAAAAGUUCUUCCGUAGUCGUCCAGUUUACAAUGGUCUAGCUGAUCGGUGUGGUAUCCCUCAGUUGGCAAAGAAGUUGAAUCAGAUUCUAGUACAGCAUAUUAAGGCAGUACUUCCAGGGCUAAAAUCACGCAUCAGCUCUGCACUUGUUUCUGUUGCAAAGGAGCAUGCUAGUUAUGGAGAAAUCACUGAAUCAAAGGCUGGUCAAGGGGCUCUGCUUCUGAACAUUCUGUCAAAAUACUCUGAAGCCUUUUCGUCAAUGGUGGAAGGAAAAAAUGAGGAAAUGUCAACAGCUGAGCUUUCUGGUGGAGCUCGUAUACACUACAUUUUUCAAUCAAUUUUUGUCAAGAGUUUAGAGGAGGUUGAUCCAUGCGAGGACUUGACUGAUGAUGAUAUUCGGACUGCUAUUCAGAAUGCAACUGGUCCUAAAUCUGCUUUAUUUGUUCCAGAGGUUCCAUUUGAAGUUCUUGUGCGAAGGCAGAUAGCUCGUCUUUUAGAUCCUAGUCUUCAGUGUGCCAGAUUUAUAUAUGAUGAAUUGAUGAAGAUCAGCCACAAGUGUAUGGUAAAUGAACUACAGCGUUUUCCAGUUUUGAGAAAGCGAAUGGAUGAAGUUUUAGGGAACUUUCUUCGUGAAGGCCUUGAGCCCUCCGAAAUUAUGAUUCGUCACAUUAUCGAGAUGGAGAUGGACUACAUAAACACAUCACACCCAAAUUUCAUUGGUGGGAGUAAAGCUGUAGAAACAGCACUGCAGCAGAUCAAGGCCUCUAGAAUGCCAAUACCUAAUUCCAGGCAGAAGGAUGGUGUGGAGCUUGAUAAGGCACCAUCAUCUGAAAGGACAAUUAAAUCUCCGGCAAUCUUUGCAAGACCUGUUAAUGGCAUUGUUGCCGAUCUGCCUGUUCGCUCAGUUGCAGACAAUGACAAAGGGGCAUCUAUAGGAAAUACCAGUGGUUCCAGUUGGAGAAUUUCAUCAAUUUUUGGUAGUAGUGAUAGCCGUUUAUCUGCCAAAGAAAUCUCAACAAGCAAGCCACAUAGUGAUCCUGUUCAGACUAUGGAGCAAGCCUUGUCUAUGAUACAUCUGAGGGAGCCACCUACUGUUCUGAGGCCCUCAGAAAACCACUCUGAGCAGGAGACUAUUGAAAUUGCAGUCACGAAACUGCUGCUUAGAUCAUAUUAUGACAUUGUACGGAAAAAUAUCGAGGACUCCAUUCCUAAAGCAAUUAUGCACUUCCUGGUGAACCAUGCAAAGCGUGAACUGCACAACAUUUUCAUUAAAAAGCUUUACAGGGAGAACCUAUUUGAAGAGAUGUUACAGGAGCCUGAUGAGGUGGCCAUGAAAAGAAAACGCACCAGGGAAACGCUUCGAGUUCUUCAACAGGCUUUCCGGACACUGGAUGAAUUGCCACUAGAAGCUGAAACAGUUGAGAAGGGCUACAACUUGGGCUCUGACUCAACAGGUUUACCGAAGAUUCAUGGGCUAACUUCCUCAUCAAUAUACUUGACGAGUUCCAGUGAUUUGUAUUCUGCUUCCCCCAAGAACCCAAAAAGCCGGAAGUCAUCUCACUCAGGUGAAUUGCAGUCCCCCUUCUAUCCUGCCGUCGAUUCCAAUGGCAGUGGACGCUCCUUCAUGCCCGGUCACUAUCCGACAGUUGAAUUCUGAGCUGUACGCUGUCAUUUCUGCACUAUUGUCGGGAAAUUUAUUAACAUAUUGUUCAACAUAUGUGCAAGUCCGGGUUCUGGGCAUGUCUUUUUGACCGAAAAUCCUGUUCCUUCGCUAAUACAUUCGCAUGCAUAGUGGUUAUAAUUUUAUUGUUUCGGAAAAGCUUCGGGAAAGUAUAAUACGAAGCUGAUAAUUCUUUUACCUUCUCCCUCUUCCUUGGGAAGCAGCUUUCUUUGAUAUGUAAGUUUUGGCAGUCAUUCAGCUAGUGCUGCCAUCACCAUGAUUUUGGGUUUAGUCUCGAUCACCUCGAGAAAGUUUGGUUCUGAUGGUGGCUCAUUGACCAUAUGUAACUCGGGUAAUAAGAUUUUCAAUGCCAUUUGUAUAGGUUGAAGGCUGUUUGUUAAUUA